GGCGCGGCCUACGUUUGAACGUACAGCGCGGAAACAGGAAGACGUCAUUGUCCAAAACGAGUUCUGCCCGUUUGAUACAACGUUAUUCCAGCUCGACUAAAACACGUCUUAUUCCUCACAUUAGCGAUGUGUGAUUACGAUAAGACUGCGCCUUAACUUCACGCCUUCCUUUUUUGGUGACCCGCGUGACAACAAGAUGCCCAUCCGAGCAUAUUGCACAAUAUGCUCGGACUUCUUCGAUCACUCCAAAGAUGUUGCUGCCAUCCACUGCGGACACACGUUCCACUAUGACUGUCUUCUUCAGUGGUUUCAGACGGCUCCUACAAAAACCUGUCCACAAUGUAGAAAGCAGGUCAGCACCAGACACAUUAUCAACAAGCUGUACUUUGACAUCGGUGAAGAGCAGGAGGGCACAACGGACCCGGAAAGCUUGCAGAAUGAGCUUGAUCGAAUGAAGGUGCUUUUAAGCUCCAAAGAACGAGACUGGCGGGACAAGCAGAAGACGGUGGACAAUCUAAAGGACGUCGUGGACAAGCAGAGGAGAGACCUGGACAGUGUACGGAAGGAUGUUAUGGAAAAGGAGAUGCUUUGUUCUAGCCUCAGAAAACAGAUGACGUACCUUGAGACGCAACAGAAUGAAACUCAAGCUGCCAAGGAGGAAGCCCGGAAACUCCGAACCAGAAUGAAAGCCUUUGAGAGCCUGGAUGUGUUGUUGCAGGGCCAAAGAGCAGAGGUGGAGUCCAUGAUCUCAGAUAUGGGUGUGAGCCAGGCAGCAGUGGAGCAGCUUUCCAUCUACUGCAUCUCGCUCAAAAAAGAGUAUGACAAUCUAAAAGGAAGCUUGAAGUCUACAAAUGACAUGUGUGAGAAGCUGAAGCGAGAAGUGCUCUCCUCAAACAACAAGUUACACAAAGCCACGGUGGAGGUGAAUCGCACCAGAGAUGACAUGAAAUCUCUGCAGAACGAUUUGGCCAACGCGGACAAGGAGAUCUCUAGCCUUAAGAAGAAAGUGGAGUUUCUUCAGAGGACUCUGAGCACCCCGACACGGACAAACGAAGCCCUAAGCCGGCUCGUCUUUGAGAGCCCGGCGCCAGUGGAGCUGAAGCAGCCUCGCCUCCACCAGCCCGCCGAUAGCCAUGAUAUUGACCUGAACACGACGUACGACGUCACUACGCCGGACGGUUUGGCCAAAAGACAAACGCAGUUCCAAUCCAAGAAGAUGCGGCUGGAUCCUCCGGCGUCGUCUGUGUCCAAACACUUUGAGAAAAGUUCCUCCUUAAGCAAGACUCGAGACGAGGAUUGUUCCCUGGAUCCUUUUUUGCGGAACUCCCUCCUCUUCAGAAAGAAGACUUUCGGCAGCAUGUUGGACCCUCAGAGGAAGCUCGGAGUUGUGAGCAGUGGUUACGACGGUUUGGGAGGACGUACCAAGUUCAUCCAACCCUCUCCAUUAUCAGAGAUUCGCCCGCUGAUGAAAGCUAAAAGGAAAAAGGUAACCAGGCCUCAACCCAGGAUGGCACCUUGCAUGACUCUGGACGGCUUCCUCGAGUGAAGGACGACCUCUCUGGGACGAAGCCUGUUUGUGCGGCUCUGGAGCACAGAACCAGCCAGGCAGCGGUUUCUGCCACCGGCACCAAACAGGACUCUGAUCCGGACUUCCUUUCUAAGCAGUGACUGACCUUGUGAUGGAUGCUGAGCUACUUAACACAUACCAGCAAACCUGCAUAUACAUUUUCUUCUUUUCAUCUGCUGAUUUAAAUGUGGCGACUGUCUCGAGCAGCUUUGUGUCACCGCCUUUCCCUGUUGUUACGUUUAGGGUCUCUGUGUGAGACAAACCAACUUAUUUAUGGACCAUUCUUGUGUCAGUGCUUGUUGAUAUUCAAUAAUCUGUUUUCUAUGCUCUGAAAAAUAUGUAUUUUCACAUUUAUUUGAAAUCCAUCACAAACAUGUGGAUGUUUUUACUCAAGGUAUUUUUAGUUUCAAUGGUCCUGCCAGAUGUAAACCAACUUCGAUAAUAAACAUUUUUUUUUUAUUAA